CCAAAACGUAGAGGUUUUCGAUCAGUUUCACUUCUUCUUCUUCUUCUUCUUCUUCUUCUCUCUCCUUUCUCUCUUCUGUUCGGACGAAGCAUACCUGAAGAUCGAUCCUUCCAUACAUUUUCCAUGUUUAUCAAUCUACAAUCACUACUCAGAAACUAGGCUAUCGGCGGAAGAACAGUACAGAGGGAGAAGAAGAAGAUGUGAAACGGCCACGUGUCGGCAUCGCAGCCAGGCUCCGCCAAGAAAUGACGCCGUAAAGGAUUUCGUAAUCACUGUCUCUGUGUUUCAUGUCUAACACCUUAGCAGUUUUAGAUACAUUUUUAAUGUCUACGGGCAUUCGAACUCCGACAUGGGUUUCAAGACGAAGAUUGUUUGAACAAAAGCUUGCAGAGCUUCAAAACUGCUCGAACCUCAACGAACUGAAGCAAAUUCAUGCCCAAAUCUUCAAAGCCAAUCUCCAUCAAGAUCCCUUUGUGGCACCAAAACUUGUUACUGCUUUUUCUCGAUGUCGCCAAAUGGUAUUAGCAAUGAACGUAUUCAAUCAAAUUCAGGAACCCAAUAUAAUUCUCUACAAUACUCUCAUAAGAGCCUUUACCCAGAACUCCCAACCUUCCGUAGCCUUCUCCAUCUUCUUCCAUAUGCAGAAGAAUGGCGUGAGCCCUGAUAAUUUCACCUACCCGUUUCUUCUCAAGGCCUGUUCUGGCCAAUUUGCUCUUCGCCAAGUUCAGAUGGUCCAUUCUCAUAUUGAGAAACUUGGCUUCUCUGCCGAUAUUUUUGUUCCUAAUUCGCUGAUUGACACAUACUCCAAGUGUGGGGCCUGCGGAGUGGCUGCUGCGAGGAUUUUGUUUGCCGCAAUGGAAGAUCGUGAUGUCGUCUCCUGGAACUCCAUGAUUGCUGGGCUGGUAAGAUCUGGUGAUCUGAGUGAAGCUCGCUGGCUUUUCGAUGAAAUGCCUAACAAAGAUACUGUCAGUUGGAAUACCAUCAUUGAUGGGUAUGUUAAGGCUGGAGAAAUGAACACUGCCUUCGAGUUGUUUGAGAAUAUGCCUGAAAGAAAUGUGGUGUCUUGGUCCACAAUGAUAUCUGGUUACAGCAAAGCUGGGGACAUGGAAAUGGCGAGGCUAUUGUUUGAUAAGAUGCCGGUCAAGAAUUUGGUUGCCUGGACUGUCAUAAUAUCUGGGUAUGCUGCGCAAGGAAUUGCUAAGGAAGCAUUUAGAUUGUAUAAUGAAAUGGAGAUUGCUGGAUUCAAGCCUGACGAUGGUACUUUAAUUAGUGUCUUAGCCGCUUGUGCUGAAUCUGGUUUGUAUAGUUUGGGUAAGAGGGUCCAUAUCUCUAUUGAGAGGAGUAGAAUGAUAUGCAGUACUCAAGUGUGCAAUGCAUUGAUUGAUAUGUAUGCCAAAUGUGGGAACCUACGGAAAGCAUUUAGAGUUUUUGAAGGGAUGGUUGAAUGGGAUGUUGUGUCCUGGAAUGCUAUAAUUCAAGGACUGGCGAUGCAUGGACUUAGUGAGAAAGCUCUCCAGGUCUUCUCCAGGAUGAAACAAGAAGGUUUUGCACCUGAUGGAGUCACCUUCAUUGGUGUCUUGUGUGCUUGUACCCAUGUGGGUCUUGUCGACGAAGGCCGACAUUACUUCUCUACAAUGGAGGAAGUUUAUGGGGUUGUCCCCCAAAUCGAGCACUACGGUUGCAUGAUUGACCUUCUUGGACGUGGGGGUCAUUUGAAGGAAGCCUUUGAAUUUGUCAAGAACAUGCCUAUGGAGCCAAAUGCAAUCAUUUGGGGCACCCUUUUGGGUGCAUGCCGAAUGCAUAACAAGGUGGGACUUGCAGAAGAGGUAGUUGAACAUCUUUUAAUGUUUGCACCCUCAGAUGCAGGGAACUAUGCAGUCUUGUCUAAUAUAUAUGCAGCAGCAGGCCACUGGGGCGAUGUUGCUAAGGUGAGGUUGCAAAUGAAAAAUACAGGAUCCCGAAAGCCACCUGGAGCUAGUUAUAUUGAGCUGGAUGAUGAGGUUCAUGAAUUUACUGUGCAAGAUAGAUCACACCCUCAGGCAGAAAGGAUAUAUAAGAUGAUAGACAGAUUGGGUCAGCAUCUUAAGCAAGUGGGUUAUGUCCCCAAUGAACAUCUCUAAAUUGUGUCACGAGAAUCCAUUCGAUGUUGCUGAGUUGAGGACGUAAAAUCGGAGCUGCAUUUCGAACCGUGCCUACUGGAGGGCAGAGCAGAUGGGAGCGGUUGAAACAAAUACCUCUUUAUAACUGUACACUACCAAGGCAUUCAUUAACAAGGCAUUCAUUAAGGCUGCGUUUGGUUGUAAGGGGAAUGCAAAUUUUUGAUGUAAAGUGAAAUCUUUUUUUGAAGAAAAAUCAAUUUAGAUGUUUGAUUGCAAAAGAAUAUAUUUUAUAUGUGAAAAAAAUUUCACUUAUACAUUGAAAUUUCCCUUUUUAUUUUCUGACCAAAAUAGGAAGAAAAUAAAAACCCACUCUCUCUCUCUCUCUCUCUCACCCUGCCCUGCCCUGCU